AUGGGCUCUAGGGAUGAGAUCAAUGAUUCUGGGGAGCCUGAAAUCAUCAAGAAAUUCCUCGCGGAUUACGAGACGAAAGACAUCCACUACCACAAGAAGAUCGCGAAAUUCGUGAGCGAGACUUGCGAGAACUUUCUCAGCAGCUCUACGUAUGAUGCGACUGUCACGUAUCGUGCAAAGGCUGUGAAGAGUUUGCGCAAGAAGCUUUGCGAUCGAUACCCAAAGGACCGAUACGCGUCAAGCGAUGACAUCAGGAACAAAGUUGUGGACAUUUCAGGAGUCCGCAUAGCCCUCUUCUUUCCGCAUCACAAGGAACGUGUCAACAGCUUCCUCGAGAAACAAUUCAAGAUUGAAGAGAAGAUUAACCAUCCGAAAAGUGAUCGGAAGGAACAGAAAGAGGAGAAAGAGGGGAUGGCGAGCGCGUUGAACAGGGAGCAUGCAGAAGACAAAUACGAAAACCGGUUCAGGGGAUACCAAGCUACGCACUACCGCGUGCGAUUGAAGCCUGAGAAUUCGCGCAGGGAAUUCCAGUUGACUGAUCAAAUCGAGAUCCAAGUCAUGUCGGUUCUGCAAAGCGCGUGGUCAGAGGUGGAGCACAACAUAUCAUACAAGCAGCCAACAGGGGCUCCAUCCUAUGCAGAGAGGACCAUGCUCGAUGGCCUAAGCGGGCUUGUUUCGAUUGGAGAGCUAUACUUGGAACAGUUGAGCCAGAUCUACGACACACGCAUCGCAAGAGAGAAAGACCGGAACGAACCUUUCGCCAACAAGUACGAGUUGGGUUCCUUUCUCUUCUCCAAUAUGGAGGAGAAUGGAAUACGCGCAGACGAAUUCGCCAUGUCUUCCGUCGAGCUUCUUCGGAAAUUCUUGAAGUUGGGUUGCGUCAACUUUGACUCCAAAGUCAAGCUUGGCCAAAAGCUCGUGGACUUGAAAGUCACGAGAAACUGGGAGUCUUUAUUGCAAUCUCGCCAUGGGGCCUCAGACAAACCAAAUGCAGCACUUGUGGUAAUGGAACGUCUCAUGAAGGAUCCCUCGCUCGGUCUCGAAGCGCGAGCUAAGAGCUUCAAGCCUCAAUCGGACAGGGAACGAUGUAAGGUCUUGAUAAGUACCAUCAUUUCACUUGAUGAGUUGUUCCCUCCGGUUUCAUCCUGGGUCCUUGCGCUUACGGGACAUUCCAAUGACCUCACCGAUCUUGAAUGGCUUAUGACAAAGCAAGCUCCCAAGAAUAUUGUGCUCAAUCAAGACCAACAAGUGGACCAAAAAGAUUGCCUGAAGCUACAACAUCUCUGGACCUGGUUCCAAGCGCAUCCAUCACUCAUCGUCAAAUUUGUUUUUGACAUCUCGAAGCUUGGAGUCCUCAGAGAUUUCCCACAAGAAGUUGAGCUUCUUGACAGGAUUUACCACAUGAGUAAGGAGUAUAUGGUUGCUAAGUGA